GUUUGUAUACAUUUGCCCAAUUAAGCCAGCGAAGAAGAAGAUGGUUCAACGCUGAAGUAUUACCCAUACAGUUUUCCCUAUGCUUAUGGUGUACUUAUUGGUUCAAAAAUGAAAUUGUAUUGUCUGUCUGGUCAUCCUACGCUACCCUGCAAUGUACUCAAAUUUAAAUCGACCACUAUCAUGCUGGAUUGUGGACUGGACACCACGUCUGUCCUCCACUUCUUGCCUCUUCCCCUUGUGCAUAGCCAAAGACUCUCAAAGCUACCAGGUUGGAGCGCGAAAGAUGGAACAAUAAACUUGGAAAAGGAGCUGAAAGAGUGUGCCGGCAGAGUGUUUGUGGACUCGCAGCCGGAGUUCUGUCUCCCUGAGAGGGAACUGCUGGACCUAUCAACCAUCGACGUCAUCCUGAUCUCCAACUACCACUGUAUGAUGGCCCUGCCCUACAUCACAGAAAACACAGGCUUCACUGGCACAGUGUAUGCCACAGAGCCCACCCUGCAGAUAGGAAGACUGCUGAUGGAAGAGCUAGUGAAGUUCAUGGAAAGAGUUCCCAAGGCUCAGUCUGCCACCUCCUGGAAGAAAAAGGAAAUACAAAGGUUGCUUCCUGGUCCACUAAAGGAUGCAGUUGAUGUUUGGACGUGGAAACGAAGCUACGGUAUGCAGGAGGUCAACUCUGCCCUCAGCAAAGUGCAGCUUGUGGGUUAUUCACAGAAAGUGGAGUUGUUUGGGGCUGUACAAAUCUCCCCAUUAAGCUCUGGCUACUCAUUGGGCAGCUCCAACUGGAUCAUCCAGUCCCAUCAUGAGAAAGUGUCCUACGUGUCCGGGUCGUCCCUCCUCACCACGCACCCACAGCCCAUGGACCAAAGUUCCCUGAAGAACAGUGACGUUCUCAUUCUGACAGGCCUCACCCAGAUGCCCACUGCCAACCCUGACGGCAUGCUGGGAGAAUUCUGCAGCAAUUUAGCCAUGACCAUUCGCGCCGGUGGCAAUGUGCUUGUGCCGUGUUAUUCUUCUGGGGUGAUUUAUGACCUGCUCGAGUGUCUGUACCAGUUCAUCGACAGCGCCAACCUGGGUACCACCCCCUUCUACUUUAUCUCCCCUGUCGCCAACAGCUCCCUGGAGUUCUCUCAAAUCUUUGCCGAGUGGCUCUGUCACAACAAGCAGUCUAAAGUGUAUCUACCGGAGCCCCCAUUCCCCCAUGCCGAGUUGAUCCAAAGCAACAAGCUGAAACACUACCCCAGCAUUCACGGUGACUUCAGCAGUGACUUCCGCCAACCGUGCGUGGUAUUCACCGGCCAUCCCUCCCUGCGCUUCGGUGAUGUGGUCCACUUCAUGGAGCUGUGGGGCAAAUCCAGCUUGAAUACCAUCAUCUUCACCGAACCUGACUUCUCCUACUUGGAUGCUUUGGCCCCCUACCAGCCACUGGCCAUGAAAUGUGUUUACUGUCCCAUUGACACGCGUCUUAACUUCCACCAAGUUUCAAAGCUGCUCAAGGAGGUCCAGCCCGUCCACGUGGUAUGUCCUGAGCAGUACACUCAGCCUCCAAUGACCCAGUCGCAUCGGUCCGAUCUGAUGCUGGAGCUGCAACCCCCUCCCAUGGCCUACAGGCGCUGCUCCGUCCUCAGCCUGCCCUUCAGGCGACGUUAUGAGCGCGUCUAUAUUCUACCUGAGCUGGCUAACUCGCUGGUGCCCGCCGAGGUCAAACCUGGCAUCUCCGUGGCAACCGUCUCAGCCAUGCUGCAUUCAAAAGACAACAAGCACACACUGUUGUCAGUUCCAAAGCCUCCUCCAGCGCCCCCUACCAAGAAGAGGAAACGAGUGAUGGAGGAGCCCCCAGCGGGUCAAGCGCCCAAACCCCUGCUCACAGGAGCCGUACCUCUGGAAGCCUUCCUUGCAACUUUGCAAAAGCAUGGCAUCACAGAGGUCAAAGUGGAGGAGACGGCAGACGGACACAUCCUGCACUUGCAGGCGGAGGACACGCUAAUUCAGCUGGAAGAGGACGGCACACACAUUGUGUGCGACAACAACGAGCCUCUGCGCACGACACUGCGAGACCUGGUGCUGCGCUUCUUGCAGAAAAUCUGAAAGGUUACACUAAAUUUAUACUGUCUUUGCUGUAAAGACCAUAGAUUUUGGUAAAAUAGUAUUUUGUAAAUAAGAACUUUUUGGAUAACCUUGUGUAUUGGUUUGAUGCAUUACUUGCAGGUGUUGACAUUGCUCAAAAAAGGAUAGAUUUUUGUCACUUGAUAUUUUAAUGAUGACUCAGCUAAAAUACAUUUGAUCAUGAUAUAAAUGUACACUAUAUUACAAUGUACCACUGCUGUAGUAAUUCAAGUGUUGGGCAGCAGAUAAGCUUUAGUGAGUGAUUGUCCAAUAUUCCAAGCUUUUAGCUUACACACUUCAACUGCAAAAAUAGCACAAGUGAUUAAUCUGCAAGACCCAAAAUUGGUGUGGGUUAUUUGUUGCGUUUCAGCGGGUCGUUACUUAAAAAACAGAGGGUGUCCAUUUUGCGUGGAGGAAACAAAACAGUUGUUGCGCCACGUAGACAUUGUCACAAGCGGUACAUUGUAAAAUCCUUUUGGCAAUAUUCAUUUAAUUCAAUAAGUAACAAUUCAAGACAGAAUUGCCCCUUCUUUAUACAAACCUAUAUGGAUGUUUUCUAGUGUGAUGUCAUUGCAGUCUGUCUGGUCCAACAUGAACAAUAUUGUCAAGUCAUCCUAAGUACAGGUUUUAGGUAUUAAAGCUACAGUGACAAAG